AUAUACAUGGCAGAUAACAACUCAAUGCCCGGUGGUAAGUCCUGGUUUCAACAGUUCAAUGAUCAGGUCAUUAUUGUCCAAAUUGUGGUGGUGAUUUUUCUUUGCAUCAACCUGUUGCUCAUUGUGACCUUCUUUUCAAAGGACGUCUUCUACACAAGCAUGCGCUACAUCUUAUUUGCUGUUACACUACUGUCUGAUAGCUUUAUAUUAAUCAUGUCUGAUAUCCUGCUCAUCUUGACCUAUUUUAAUUUCACAAUGCAAAUUGGCCUCUGUAUCAUUAUCUAUAUUCUUUUGUCUCUGUACACUUUUGUCACACCUGUUAUGCUGACAGCAAUGACCCUGGAGCGCUAUGUAGCAAUUUGCAUGCCCCUGCGUCAUGGAGAGUUGUGCUCCACACACAGUGCUAUAAACUGUAUCCUCAUCAUUCACGGCCUCAGCUCUGUACCCUGUAUUGUUGUCUUCUUCAACUUCUUUGCAUCAGCCUCCCAAAACUUGUUAACCCAGUCCAGGUUAUGCUCCAUGAAUAUUUUUGUCUUCCUCCAAUGGCAGGAUCAUGUUAAAUUUGCUGUUUUUCAGUGCUACUUCUUAAUCAUGUCUGUAACCAUCAUUUUCUCCUACACUAAAAUAAUGAAAGUGGCCAAAACUGCAUCAGGGGAGAAUAAAAAGUCAACAUGGAAAGGGCUCAGAACAGUAAUUCUUCAUGCUUUCCAGCUGCUGCUCUGUCUCAUCCAGCUGUGGUGUCCAUUCAUAGAAGCUGCUGUACUUAAGAUUGAUUUUAUGUUAUACAUUCAUGUCAGGUACUUUAUUUACAUAACAUUUAAUCUUGCUCCGAGAUGUCUGAAUCCUCUCAUUUAUGGCCUCAGGGAUGAAAAGUUUUUUCUUGCAUUAAAAUACUGUGGGCCUUUCAGAUAUCACUGUUAA